GCAAAUGGAAGCCAUAAUCGCUCUAAUCAUCUCUCUCUCUUUCCCUCUUUUACUUGCCGUUUACGCAUUUCGACGACGGCCGGAAAACAAUCCCGAAUUCCCGCCGGGAAGUUUUGGAUGGCCUAUUUUGGGAGAGACGAUCGGAUUCUUGUUUGGGAAGCCGGAGAAAUUCGUCCAUGACCGGAUGAAGAAAUACUCGCCGGAAAUAUUCAAGACGAUGAUAUUAGGGGAGAAAACGGCGGUGAUAUGUGGGCCCAACGGCCACAAGUUUCUCUUCUCCAACGAGCAAAAGCUUUUCACCGCCUUUAGGCCUCACGCCACGCAGAGAUUAUUCCGUUCCUACCAGCCCAAAACCCCGCCACCUCAGCCCCAGCCCGAAACCGUCCGCCACGAGGAGGCGGCGAUGAUUCGCCAACCGGGCUUUCUAAAGCCCGAAGCUCUGGCCCGAUUCUUGGGCAGUAUGGAUCGUACAGCCCGAGAGCUCUUGCGGGACCACUUCGAAGGCAAAACAGAAGUUCGGGCCUGCCCGCUCGCCAAAUCUUUCACUCUAGCCCUCUCGGGCCGGUUCUUCCUGGGAAUAGAUAACCCGAACCGUAUAACCCGGCUAAUCAGUUACUUCGAUGACGUCACCUUGGGGAUGCACUCCAUGGUGCUCAACUUCCCGGGGACGGCGUUUUACCGGGCGAACAAGGCGGCGGCCGCCAUUAGAGAAGAGCUGAGAAGAGUGGUUCGGGAGAAGAAAGAGGCAAUGCAGAGCGGAGCCGCCAUUAGAGACAUACUCUCUCACAUGAUGACGGCGGGGAUGCCGGAAAACGAGGCGGUGGACAAAAUCAUGGGAUUAGUGGUGGCCGGAUACAGCACGGUGGCGACCACCAUAACUUUCCUGAUGAAAUACGUCGGAGAGAGACCUGAGAUCUACCGGAGAAUCCGCGCGGAGCAAAUGGAGAUUGCAGGGAGAAAGAAGGAGGGAGAGGGAUUGGAAUGGGAAGAUAUGCAGAAAAUGAAGUAUUCAUGGAAUGUAAUAUGUGAAACUAUGAGACUAACCCCUCCUCUUCAAGGCACAUUUAGGGAAGCCCUCACAGAUUUCACCUAUGCAGGCUAUACCAUCCCAAGGGGUUGGAAGGUGUAUUGGACCGUGAGCAGCACCAACAACAAUUCUAAAUACUUUGAGGAUCCUGAGAAAUUCGACCCUGAGAGAUAUGAUAGAGGGGAAGGGAGUGCACCAUACACGUAUGUGCCUUUCGGCGGAGGGCCUAGGACGUGUCCGGGAAAAGAGUAUGCACGGCUAGCUAUAUUGGCUUUCCUGCACAAUGUUGUGAAGAAGUACCGGUGGGAGGUGAUAGAGCCCAAGGAGAAGGUGGUUGGUGACAUGAUGCCAACCCCUCAAAAUGGACUUCCCAUACGACUCUAUCAUAUAUGAUUAGGGCUAUUGGAAGAAUUUUAUUAUAUGUACUCUCAAUUUUUAUUCCAUUACUUUUACUUUUUUUAUGUGACUAGCUAGAUAAGUUAUUUUUUCAUGUGAGUCAUAAUAAAAGUGUUUACAUCUUUAUCAAAA